UAGCAUUCAUCCCGUCUGUCAGCACUAAAACGCUAGCACUUUUAUUGUACAAGCGGAGUUAAAAUUAAUAGAAAAUAAAUUUAGAGAAAUCGUUUUUUUUAUUCGCAAGUUCUUAGGGAAAAGUUACUAUUAAGUAAAGCCGGAAGCAAUGGAUAUCGAACUGAGCUUGGACGAGAUUAUAGAACGUAAACGCGGGCGUGGAAACCAUCGGUUCAUCGACAAGAAAUUCAAUCCCAGCUACACAAAGCCACACCGAGUGCUCAACAAGCCCGCUUUCAAGGCCUCCUCGUCUGGAGGGUCCCUGUCGGAUCCACCGGCACAGCGCUCCUUCGAUGCCCGAAACAAGAUUAUUCAGAAGACACGUGCCAAGAUAGCCGAUGCCCGGGAUAUGCUUAACCAAAGCAUGCGAGACUCGGGCAUCGAUGCCCGCCAGUUGCUCCAAGAGCGGAAAAAGGUUCGCCCGGGGGGCACCGGACUGCAACUGCCCUCACGUCACGCCCGCAGCACAGGGGUGCACAUGGGCCAUUUUGGACAGCGCACCAUCAGAACAUCAAAUCGCCCGGGCGGAAAUAUAGAGGAGGAUUGGGACUCCGACGACGAUGUCGUGUGCUUGGGUGGUCCACGCCGACAAUACGCCCCUAGAUCCAAACAGCCGGGACAACCCUUUGCUCCGCCUGGCUACGUCGACCAUGAUAAUAUGCAAGAUCUCGAAGAUGAGGAGAUCACGCGUACCCUACACUUUGGAGCCUAUACUGGCCAGCAGGUGCCUCCACGAUACACAUUUGGUGGCUUCGACCUGAAUCGCGACGACGACGUGGUGAUGUCCACGGCUCCUCUGAAGAACAAUAUAGCCAGCGAUCCAUUUUCCAUUUACGAGGUGGCCCGCAAUCGCAUCGAACGGCCCUCGAUGCCCACUCCGCUGGUGGUAGGGCAUACGGAUACCAGCGAAAAGCUAUUCGAGCGCCGUCAGCGAAACGGAAUGAACACCAGCAAUCUGCCAGACUCAUUGCGGGCUCGUCUGUAUGGUCGUGAGCCGGAUCGUCGCGUUUCGCAUGGUAUUUACGCCAACGAGAAUCGUGGGAAGUCUGGUAGCGGUGGUGCUGGCGGUGGGGCACCUUCAAUAUCCCAUUCGAUGACCAUGCACCGUGCGCCGACCGCAUUGCCGCUUGGGUCAUCGAACACAAAGGGCGGAUAUCGCCUGUUGGUGAGCAAUCUUCAUGCUAACGUGACCACCGCAGACAUACGCGAGCUCUUCAGCGACAUUGGACCAAUGUACGAUGCACAUGUGGUGCGUCCCGGCACAGCCGAAGUCAUUUACAAGUCACUAGAACACGCCGAAAUGGCCGUUGAUGCCUAUCAUCAUCGCGAAUUUGAUGACCAGCCCAUGCACUGUGUGCUGGUCAAUCCGCACUCUUCCCACCGCUCGGCUCACUCAGCCAGCUCUCGCACUGUGACCACCAACUCAUCCGGCGUGGAGGUGGACAUCGAUGCGCUCCACUCGGUACUCUUCCGUGAUCGCUAGGGUAGCGUCCAUAGACUGAGAGGCAACUAGGCAAUUUUCCAGCUAUUCUAGACUACGCAUCCUAAACUAUUCAUCAUCUCGUUAGAAAUAAUCCCAACAAUUUACAACAUGUAAACCUUAGGCGCGCUUGUCCAAAUCGAAUCGAUCCACCCAUAGUAUGUGAAGUUAACUAUAUAAGUUAUGGUCACAGUUUUUGUUUUUUUAUAGAUUUCAGUUCAUAAACAUCAAUUUUGUUUCUAUGAUUUACAAAUUUUUCUCGAUUAAAUUUACCGAAAUUAGUAACUAUUCCAUCAUCAUCAUCUUACCAAUUUGUUAAUCUAAUGAUCUAACUAAGACCCUUUUAGAAGAUUUACUUACUGACCAAUGCUAUUUUCAAAAGUGAAAUUUGAACAACAAACUAUUCUCAUAAAGUAUUGAUUUUCAAGUAGUAAGAAUGUAGAUUGAAACAAAAAGAACCAGUAAUGUUACAAUUGCUUGUAUAAUAUUACAUAAAAUGUACAGUUUUUAAAUUUCAUAAAAUUAAUUCAUAAUAAUUAAAGAGAAAGGAGCAGUUUGGUAAGCA